AUGGCACGAAAGGACCCGAAAGUCGAGACGCAGCAGAACGAUGCAGUCUUGUCUAAGUCGAGUGAGGAGCCACCGCCAGAUUACGAUGAUGAGGAUAAGCGACGAGCCAGCGUGCAGCAGAAUUUGAACCAGCUCAAUGAUCCUUCAAAUACCGAUCUUUCCAUCGCAGCCAUUCUCAAAGGCAGCGCGACCAGUCCACUGACCGCAUUCGAGAAGAAAGCCGCCCUCAUCAAUGCUGAACUUGACAAGUUUGGACUGGGAAAAUAUCAAAUAUGCAUCUGGUUCCUCUGUGGCUUCGGCUACUUCCUGGAUCUCGCGUGGUCUCAAGGUGUUGGCCUGGCUGCUACUGCCAUCUAUCAAGAGAUGAAUGUGCCCGAUGGCCAGACGGGAAAGAUUUACUCUCUGGCCAAUGCUGGUCUAGCAGUGGGAGCUCUGUCGUGGGGGAUACUUGUUGAUAUUAUUGGGAGGCGCUGGGCUUUUAAUCUCACUUGUCUGAUUACGUCGGUGUUUGGGAUGCUUUUGGCUGCUCCAAAAUACAACUACGAUGCCAUCUGCGGUAUCUACUUCCUAGCCUCGAUAGGACUCGGCGGCAACAUUCCAAUCGAUGCGACCAUCGCUCUUGAGUAUCUGCCACAGAACCGCCGAAACUUGGUGGCCCUACUUUCCUUGUGGCAGCCAGUCGGUGUCGUCUUCGCCUCUGGAGUCGCCUACGGAACAGCAGCGAAACCAGCGUGGCGAUGCGAUCCCGCUUUGCCGUCAUGCGCUGCUGUCGCAGAUGGCGAAGCAUGCUGCACCGUCUCAAGCAACAUGGGCUGGCGAUAUCUGCUUAUCAUCCUUGGUGCUAUAACUCUGGUCGUCUUCUUCCUCAGAGUGCUGGUCUUUAGGUUCUACGAAUCACCCAAGUUCCUGCUGAGCAAGGGCAAAGAAGCAGAAGCUAUCGAAGUCCUGCACAAGAUCGCCAAAUUCAACAAGGCUCCACCACCUGUUCUGACAGUCGACAUGUUCCGAGCCAUCGAUGAGACCAGUCCGAUCAGUUCAUCUGAGCCAACGGGCCCACUCAACACGACUCAGACGACGAAGAAGGUUCUCGGGAACAUUGCAUACAGCUUGAGGAACCUCAAAGCCUUGUUUACGAAUAGGCUACAGGCUUUCGUCUUCUUCUUGCUCGCCGUCGCCUACAUGGGCGACUAUUGGUCCUUCAACUUAGCUGGCUCUUACUUGCCAAUCAUCCUGCUCCGGAACGAGGUCGAUAGUGGCCAGGGUACAGUCACUGAGACUUAUCGCCACUACGUCUACAUCUACCUGCCCGGCAUCCUCGGAGCCGUUCUCGCUCUGAUCUCGGUGCAACUUCCCAUCGUGGGCAGGAAGUGGUCCUUGGUGUUCUCGGCCAUCUGCCAGGGACUAUCCAUGGCGAUGUAUACGCAAGUCAAAACGACCGCUGGCUAUGUCGGACUGAAUGCUCUGGAGUAUAUUAUGCAGACAUACUUCAACGCGGUGCUUUACGCAUCAGCUCCGGAACUCUUCGAUACCAGCUACCGCGGCUCAGCCAGUGGCAUGCUGUCGUGUCUUGGUCGCAUAGCUGGUAUUGUAGCUCCUUUCGCUGGACAGCACUAUCUUGCGACGGACAGUUCUGGCAUUUUGUGGCUUGGGGCAGGAGGUAUUUGGUUGUCGGCGUUCAUGAUGGUGUUUUUGCCGGUUGAGAUGAGGAAUAGGCAGAUGUUUUAG